GGGACCGAUGCCCUCUAGUGGCUUAGUGUCUAGAAACCGCCAAAGAGGACGACCCAUGACGUCCCGAGGCUACGAAGGGUCUCGCCGCGGGAGUCUGAGGCGGGCAGGCUCCCGGGAGCUCCAGGGUGAAGCGACGGAGACAGCGGCGCUGCCUUCUGGGUUCGCCUGGCCCUCGUCUUGCUUCAGUGCUGCCUCAACGGCUGCUGCGGCCCCCGGCCCGGCUGACAUGGCGGCGGUGUUGCAGCAAGUCCUGGAGCGCACGGAGCUGAAUAAAUUGCCUAAAUCGGUCCAGAACAAGCUUGAGAAGUUCCUUGCUGACCAGCAGUCCGAGAUCGAUGGCCUGAAAGGGCGGCACGAGAAAUUCAAGGUGGAGAGCGAACAACAGUAUUUUGAGAUAGAGAAGAGACUAUCCCACAGUCAAGAGAGGCUUGUGAAUGAAACUCAAGAAUGUCAGAACUUGCGACUUGAACUAGAAAAACUUAACACUCAGCUGAAGACACUAACUGAGAAAAACAAAGACCUUGAAAUUGUCAAUGAUCGCAAUAUUACCUUUCAGACUCAAUUUACAAGAACUAAGGAAGAAUUAGAAGCUGAGAAAAGAGAUUUAAUUAGAACCAAUGAGAGACUAUCUCAAGAACUUGAAUAUUUAACAGAGGAUGUUAAACGUCUGCAUGAAAAACUUAAAGAUAGCACGACGACGAAGGGUGAGCUUCAGUUAAGAUUAGAUGAACUUCAAGCUUCUGAUGUUUCUGUUAAGUAUCGUGAAAAACGUUUGGAGCAAGAAAAGGAGUUACUACAUAAUCAGAAUACAUGGUUGAAUACAGAGUUGAAAACCAAAACUGAUGAACUGCUGGCUCUUGGUAGAGAAAAAGGAAAUGAGAUUCUAGAGCUUAAAUCUAAUCUUGAAAACAAAAAGGAAGAGGUUUCUAGAAUGGAAGAACAGAUGAAUGGCUUGAAAACUUCAAAUGAGCAUCUUCAAAAGCAUGUAGAAGAUCUGUUAAUCAAAUUGAAAGAGGCCAAGGAACAACAGGCCAGUAUGGAAGAGAAGUUCCACAAUGAAUUGAAUGCUCACAUAAAGCUCUCUAAUCUGUACAAGAGUGCUGCUGAUGACUCAGAAGCAAAGAGCAGUGAAUUGACCGGAGCAGUGGAAGAACUACACAAACUUUUGAAAGAAGCUGGAGAAGCCAGCAAAGCAAUACAAGAUCAUCUUCUGGAGGUGGAAGAAUCUAAAGAUCAAAUGGAAAAAGAAAUGCUUGAGAAAAUAGGGAAAUUAGAGAAGGAACUGGAAAAUGCAAAUGACUUGCUUUCUGCUACAAAACGUAAAGGAGCCAUUUUAUCUGAAGAAGAACUUGCUGCCAUGUCUCCUACUGCAGCAGCUGUUGCUAAGAUAGUGAAACCUGGCAUGAAAUUAACUGAGUUGUAUAAUGCCUAUGUGGAAACACAGGACCAGUUGCUUCUGGAAAAACUGGAGAACAAAAGAAUUAAUAAGUAUUUAGAUGAAAUAGUGAAAGAAGUUGAAGCCAAAGCACCGAUUUUAAAACGACAACGUGAAGAGUAUGAACGUGCACAGAAAGCUGUGGCAAGUUUAUCUGUUAAGCUUGAACAAGCUAUGAAGGAGAUUCAGCGAAUGAGGGAAGAUACUGAUAAAGCAAACAAACAUUCUUCUGUUCUUGAAAGAGAUAAUCAAAGAAUGGAAAUACAAAUAAAAGAUCUUUCACAACAGAUUAGAGUGCUUUUGAUGGAACUUGAAGAAGCAAGGGGUAACCAUGUAAUUCGUGAUGAGGAAGUAAGCUCUGCUGAUAUAAGUAGCUCAUCUGAAGUAAUAUCACAGCACCUAGUUUCGUACAGAAAUAUUGAAGAGCUUCAACAACAGAAUCAGCGUCUUUUAGUGGCUCUUAGGGAACUUGGAGAAACUAAAGAAAGAGAAGAAAAAGAAUCAACUUCAUCCAAAAUCACUGAACUUCAACUCAAACUUGAGAAUGCUCUCACUGAAUUGGAACAUCUUCGUGAGUCCCGACAGCAACAGGCGCAUCUUGCCGAUUCCAUAGUUCGUCAGCGUGACAUGUACCGUAUUUUGUUGUCACAAACAACAGGAGUUGUCAUCCCAUUACAAACUUCAAAUUUAGAAGAUAUCUCUCUUCUGUCAACUCCAAAACGUGCAAGUACAUCACAAACUGUUUCCACUCCCGCUCCAGUGCCUGUUACUGAGUCAACAGAGGCUAUAGAAGCUAAGGCUGCCCUUAAACAGUUACAGGAAAUUUUUGAGAAUUACAAGAAAGAAAAGACAGAUAAUGAAAAGAUACAAAAUGAGCAUCUUGAGAAGCUUCAAGAACAAGUUACGGAACUGCGAUCACAAAAUACCAAAAUUUCUACUCAGCUAGAUUUUGCUUCCAAACGUUAUGAAAUGCUACAAGAUAAUGUUGAAGGAUACCGUCGGGAAAUAACAUCCCUACAUGAGAGAAAUCAGAAACUCACGGGAACAACUCAAAAACAGGAACAGAUCAUCAAUACUAUGACUCAAGAUUUGAGAGGAGCAAAUGAAAAGCUAGCUGUUGCAGAAGUAAGAGCUGAAAAUUUGAAGAAGGAAAAGGAGAUGCUUAAGUUAUCAGAAGUUCGUCUUUCUCAGCAGAGAGAGUCUUUGUUAGCGGAGCAACGCGGGCAAAACUUGUUGCUAACUAAUCUGCAAACAAUUCAGGGAAUACUAGAGCGCUCUGAAACUGAAAGCAAACAGAGGCUGAGUAGCCAGAUAGAAAAACUGGAACAUGAGAUAUCUCAUCUAAAGAAGAAGUUGGAAAAUGAAGUGGAACAAAGGCAUACCCUUACUAGAAAUCUGGAUGUUCAGCUUUUGGAUACAAAGAGGCAGCUGGAUACUGAGUCAAAUCUUCAUCUUAACACUAAAGAACUACUAAAAAAUGCUCAAAAGGAAAAUGCUGCAAUGAAACAACACCUCAGUAAUAUAGAAGCCCAACUUGCUUCUCAGUCCUCACAAAAAACUGGGAAAGGUCAGGCUAUUGACAAAGAAGAUGCAGAUGAACUUCGGAGUCAGCUAAGACAAACAGAAGAACAGGUGAAUGAUUUGAGGGAGAGACUAAAAACAAGUACUAGUAAUGUGGAACAGUACCGAGCAAUGGUUACUAGUUUAGAAGAAUCCCUCAACAAGGAAAAACAGGUUACAGAAGAAGUACGCAAGAACAUUGAAGUUCGUUUAAAAGAGUCAGCCGAGUUUCAAACACAAUUGGAAAAGAAAUUAAUGGAAGUAGAAAAGGAAAAACAAGAACUUCAGGAUGACAAGAGAAAAGCCAUAGAGAGCAUGGAACAACAGUUAUCUGAGUUAAAGAAAACAUUGUCGAAUGUUCAGAGUGAAGUUCAGGAAGCCCUUCAAAGAGCAAGUGCAGCUUUGAGUAAUGAGCAGCAAGCCAGACGCGACUGUCAAGAACAAGCUAAAAUUGCUGUGGAAUCUCAGAAUAAAUAUGAAAGAGAAUUAAUGCUACAUGCUGCUGAUGUUGAAGCUCUACAAGCUGCCAAGGAACAGGUUUCAAAAAUGGCAUCAGUCCGUCAGCAUUUGGAAGAAACAACGCAGAAAGCAGAAUCACAGUUGUUAGAGAGUAAAGCAUCUUGGGAGGAGAGAGAAAGAGUGUUAAAGGAUGAAGUUUCCAAGAGUGUGUCACGCUGUGACGAUCUAGAGAAACAAAACCGAUUACUUCAUGAUCAGAUUGAAAAGUUGAGUGACAAGGUAGUUGCCUCUAUGAAGGAAGGUGCACAAGGCUCCUUAAAUGUAUCCUUUAGUGAAGAAGGAAAAUCUCAAGAACAAAUUUUAGAAAUUCUCAGAUUUAUACGGAGAGAAAAAGAAAUUGCCGAAACUAGGUUUGAAGUGGCUCAAGUUGAGAGUCUGCGUUAUCGACAAAGGGUGGAACUUUUAGAAAGAGAGCUUCAGGAACUGCAGGAUAGUCUCAAUGCUGAAAGGGAGAAAGUGCAGGUAACUGCAAAAACAAUGGCCCAGCAUGAAGAACUGAUGAAGAAAACAGAAACCAUGAAUGUGGUUAUGGAGACCAAUAAAAUGCUAAGAGAAGAAAAGGAAAGACUGGAACAGGAUCUACAACAGAUGCAAGCAAAGGUGAGGAAACUGGAGUUAGAUAUUUUACCUUUACAAGAAGCAAAUGCUGAGCUGAGUGAGAAAAGUGGUAUGUUGCAGGCAGAGAAGAAGUUACUAGAAGAAGAUGUUAAACGUUGGAAAGCACGUAACCAGCAUCUAGUAAGUCAACAAAAAGAUCCAGAUACAGAGGAAUAUCGGAAGCUGCUUUCUGAAAAGGAAGUUCACACCAAGCGUAUUCAGCAGCUAACAGAAGAAAUUGGAAAACUUAAAGCUGAAAUUGCAAGAUCAAAUGCAUCUUUGACAAAUAACCAGAAUUUAAUCCAGAGUCUAAGGGAAGAUUUAAAUAAACUCAGAACAGAAAAGGAAAACAUUCAGAAGGACUUGGAUGCAAAAAUAGUUGAUAUCCAAGAAAAGGUUAAAACUAUUACUCAAGUCAAGAAAAUUGGGCGUAGGUACAAGACUCAAUAUGAAGAACUUAAAGCACAACAGGAUAAGGUCGUAGAGACCUCGGCUCAGUCUUCUGGAGAUCAUCAGGAGCAGCAUAUCUCAGUCCAGGAAAUCCAGGAGCUCAAAGAAACCCUCAACCAAGCUGAGACUAAAACAAAAUCACUGGAGAAUCAAGUAGAAAAUCUUCAGAAGACAUUAUCUGAAAAAGAAGUGGAAGUAAAAAAUCUUCAAGAACAAACUGUGCAACUACAAUCUGAACUCUCACGACUUCGUCAGGAUCUUCAAGAUAGAACCACACAGGAGGAGCAGCUAAGACAACAGAUAACGGAAAAGGAAGAAAAAACAAGAAAGGCUAUUGUAGCAGCAAAAUCAAAAAUUGCACACUUAGCUGGUGUAAAAGAUCAGCUAACUAAAGAAAAUGAGGAGCUUAAACAAAGAAAUGGAGCCUUAGAUCAGCAGAAAGAUGAAUUGGAUGUACGUAUGACUGCUCUUAAGUCCCAGUAUGAAGGUCGAAUUAGUCGUUUGGAAAGAGAACUUAGAGAACAUCAAGAGAGACACCUGGAGCAAAGAGAUGAACCGCAAGAACCUACUAAUAAGGUCCCAGAACAACAGAGACAGAUCACAUUGAAAACCACUCCUGCUUCUGGUGAAAGAGGAAUUGCCAGCACAUCAGAACCACCAACAGCCAAUAUCAAGCCAACUCCUGUUGUGUCUACCCCCAGCAAAGUAACUGCUGCAGCUAUGGCUGGAAAUAAGUCCACACCCAGGGCUAGUAUACGCCCAAUGGUUACACCUGCAACUGUUACAAACCCUACAACUACUCCAACGGCUACAGUGAUGCCCACAACACAAGUGGAAUCACAAGAAGCUAUGCAGUCAGAAGGGCCUGUGGAACACGUUCCAGUUUUUGGAAGUACAAGUGGAUCUGUUCGUUCUACUAGUCCUAACAUCCAGCCUUCCAUCUCUCAACCCAUUUUAACUGUUCAGCAACAAACACAAGCUACGGCUUUUGUGCAACCUACUCAACAGAGUCAUCCUCAGAUUGAGCCUACAAAUCCAGAGAUCUCUGCAAACAUAGUAGAAGUUGUUCAGAGUUCACCAAUUGAGCGGCCUUCUACUUCCACAGCAGUUUUUGGCACUGUUUCAGCAACCCCUAGUUCUUCUUUGCCAAAACGUACACGUGAAGAGGAGGAAGAUAGUACCAUAGAAACAUCAGACCAAGUGUCUGAUGAUGCAGUGGAAAUGCCUGUUUCAAAGAAACUGAAAAGUGUUACACCUGUAGGACCUGAGGAAGAAGUUAUGGCAGAAGAAAGUACUGAUGGAGAGGUCGAGACUCAAGUAUACACCCAAGAUUCACAAGAUUCCAUUGGAGAAGGAGUCACUCAGGGAGAUUACACUCCCAUGGAAGACAGUGAAGAGACUUCUCAGUCCCUUCAGAUAGAUCUUGGAACCCUUCAAUCAGAUCAGCAAACAACUUCAUCCCAGGAUGGUCAAGGAAAGGGAGAUGAUGUCAUUGUUAUUGACAGUGAUGAUGAAGAAGAGGAUGACGAUGAAAAUGAUGGAGAACAUGAGGAUUAUGAAGAGGAUGAGGAAGAAGAUGAUGAUGAUGAAGAUGACACAGGGAUGGGGGAUGAGGGUGAAGACAGUAAUGAAGGAACUGGUAGUGCAGAUGGUAAUGAUGGAUAUGAGGCUGAUGAUGCUGAGGGUGGUGAAGGAACUGAUCCUGGUACAGAAACAGAAGAAAGUUUGGGUGGAGGCGAAAGUAAUCAGAGAGCUGCUGAUUCUCAAAACAGUGGUGAUGGAAAUUCAGGGACUGUAGAGUCUUCCUUUACUCAGGAGAUUUCUAGAGAACAGCAGCCAUCAUCAGCAUCCGAAAGACAUGCCCCUCGAGCACCUCAAUCACCAAGACGUCCACCACACCCACUUCCCCCACGACUGACCAUUCACGCCCCACCUCAAGAAUUGGGACCACCAGUUCAGAGAAUUCAGAUGACUCGGAGGCAAUCUGUGGGACGUGGGCUUCAGUUAACUCCAGGAAUAGGUGGCAUGCAGCAGCAUUUUUUUGAUGAUGAAGAUAGAACAGUGCCAAGUACCCCAACUCUUGUGGUGCCACAUCGUACUGAUGGAUUUGCUGAAGCAAUUCAUUCCCCACAAGUUGCUGGUGUUCCUAGAUUCCGGUUUGGUCCCCCCGAAGAUAUGCCACAAACGAGUUCUAGUCACUCUGAUCUCGGCCAGCUUGCUUCUCAAGGAGGUUUAGGAAUGUAUGAAACACCCCUCUUCCUUGCUCAUGAAGAAGAGUCUGGUGGCCGAAGUGUCCCCACUACUCCUCUACAAGUAGCAGCCCCAGUCACUGUGUUUACUGAGAGUGCGACUUCUGAUGCUUCAGAACAUGCCUCUCAGUCUGUCCCAAUGGUGACAACUUCCACUGGCACUUCAUCCACGACAAAUGAAACAGCAGCAGGUGACGAUGGAGAUGAAGUAUUUGUGGAGGCAGAAUCUGAAGGUAUUAGUUCAGAGGCAGCCCUAGAAAUCGAUAGCCAACAGGAAGAAGAGCCUGUUCAGGCAUCUGAUGAAUCGGAUCUUCCCUCUACCAGCCAAGAUCCCCCUUCCAGCUCUUCUGUAGAUACUAGUAGUCAACCAAAGCCUUUCAGACGAGUAAGACUUCAGGCUGCACCAAGACAAGGUGUCCGUGGUCGUCACUUUAAUAGGCAGCGAGGUGUGAGCCAUGCAAUGGGAGGGAGAGGAGGAAUAAAUAGAGGAAAUAUUAAUUAAAUGUUCUAUAAACUCUGGUAAUUGUGAAUAAGAUUGUCAAAUCUGUUUUAGUGUUGUCAAGUUUAAAAACAUUUUGUAUUUAAAUUCGUUUGCUCAUCUCAACAUUCUUUAUUAAUAAAAUGUAUUUCAGUGUCAAAACGCCUUGUUUUCUUCAUUUUAAUUGGGCAGCUCCUCUUCUUCCUUUGCCCAUGACUCUAAGGGCAGUUGUACCACACUUUGGAUAAUGUCUGCCCAGAACGAGUAGUAAUUGCUCUGGCUGUUCUACUUGGCACGUCCAUGUUAUAGUAUUGAUCUAAAUAAAAGAGAAAUCGAUCAUUUUCUAAUUAAAAGAGAAGCAAAAGUCUUCAACGUUAAUAAAAGUACUUUAUUGAUAUUGCUCAAGGGCAGUGCUUAUUAUUUUAGUAUAAAAUGUUUUUAUUAGUUUGAAUUUUUUGACACAAGCAGUUGCCUUAAUGAACUCACUUUUCAAAACCUUCCAGUAAUAAUAAAAGGCGCAAGUCUCCCUUUCAAAGUAGUCAAUUAUCUUUUAAAAUAAUAACUACACUUUGUUUUAUCCUUUUAAAUAAAUAUUCUAACAUCAUUUAGCACUAUGCAAAAUAACUUAGAUUUCUGAACUUUUUUUUCCCCUAAAGAGAAAUCUCCUUGGUAAUAUAACUUAAGCAUUAAAACUAUAUUCGCAGAAAACUAGUUUUAUGGUGAUAAUGUGAACCAAUAAAACUGGCAUAAAGUAUUACUGUUAAGUGUCACAGAUAACAAGUAAGAAUACUGUUUUCAGAAGCAAUUAUUACUCAAAUAAUUGAAUGUUUACUUAAAUGAACAUUACCUCAUGAAGAUAGAAUAGAACUAAAUUACAAAUUCAUCCAGUAAUUGAAUGUAAUUUCAAAAAUCUAAGCGAUCUCUUGUUUAAAGCAGUUAGAAUGUUACGGUUUAAGCUUUCACAUUUAGUGGCCACCAGGUGUUUCCUUGAUUAUAUUUCAGAAAGGAUCUCCUUCUUGGGAAGCUAUUGAGAUUUUAUAACUUACCUUUAGAAAAGGCAAAGUAAUCGAAGCCCUCCGGUUUUCUGGUGCUGGGCAGUGCUAUAGCUGAGGUAACCACACUUGGGAGUCCUCCCCAUAGUGCACUCACUGGAACUUCAUUAUGGAGAAAUCCUGUGGAUGACAUUUAUAAUUAAAGGUUUCAGACUGGAAAGCAAUAAACUAUAUUGGAAGAGCAAUGUUUAGAUUUAGAUGUGGAUUUUAGUCUCCUUUGUAGUGUUGAAACCUUGUGUGUGUGACUUUAAUACCUCUGAUUGGUUGUUUAUCCUCUGACAUUGCUAUUUCUCUGACAUAAUUACCUUUUAGUAUUGUUUGAAGGUUACAGAAUUGUAUUACUGCUUCUGGCUGGGUAAAAUGUAUCUAUUCUAAUCAAUAAAUCUGAAUAAUUGCAUUGCUCAUCCACAAAGACUAGUCGCUAUAUAAGGCAAAAUGAUGUUUUAUACAUCCAUAACUUAAAAUUUUUGGUCUACUUGAUCAAUAGUUAUAUUUAAUAAGCUUGACUGUAGGAACCUGUAAGACUUCUUCAUAUGUGAAAACUUUUAAAAAGACAAUUACCUUUGUCUUGAUAAGUGACUCUGAUGGGAGAAUAGUGAAUCCUGAUGGUGUGUGUUUGAGAAGGUCGUAUGGCUCGCUCAAAGCGACGGCGUCUGACCUGUGUCAUCUCUCCAUACACUGGAUAAUUGAUAGCUGGUCUUCUCCCAGGGCACUUUCUGGUAGGUUCCUGUUUAUAAGUAUACUGCUGGAUGCUGCCACCUAUUAUGUGUUAGGAAACCACAUGUAAUAUGAACAUUCGUUUUAAUCCCCAAAUAGGCUAAAAAUAAAUGUUUUGAGGUGAAGGAAAAGAUCAUUUUUGCCUGCUUUUUAUAAAAUGUUCAUCUGGUUUUUUAUUGGUUAUUAAGGUAUCACAAAAAAUGAAUACUAAGUCCUGAAAUACUUCUGGAAAGAUUGAAUUCAAGCUACUGCAUAGUUAUAUAUAUUUAACUUUAUAUGCUGGAAAGUAAAUUAGACUGUUCUUUUUAUUGAUGACCUGAAAUACUCAGAUGAACUGUGAUUUAUUUGUGCAGAGAUCUAAGUACUUACUGUCUUCAAUUGUUUUUUCAUUAAAAAAAUUUGAUUUA